AUGGACAUUAUUUCUUCAACCGGAACCAACCCUAUCAUCUCCUCUCUUCCCCCUUCAGAGUCUCCUUUUGGACCUCUGAACUUCAGCAUCGCAUCGCGUAGCUCGAGUUCUCCCAACAACUUUACCCCGAUCGACUUUACGUCGUUCACCACGGAUUACCACCAGCAACCAUGGCUUCCCUCACCCCCACCAUCACAGCCCUUGGCUUCCAAUCAGAACAACAACAGCAACAACAACGACAACAGUGCACUCGAGGACUUUGUGCUCUACCCAUCAGCAACACCACACCCGCAGCCCCGCUCGCGUGUGCCCGUGAACAUAACCCAUAGACCUUCUGCACUUCAGCCAUUCCUGGCGCAGAAUAACCCUCGACGACACUCCUUCAGUCUGCAGUUGCACCGACACCUUCAGCAGCAGUUCUCUGGCUCACCUGUCCAAGACCCCAGAGUGACCCAGCUUGCCCGGUCCCCCUCUUAUUGGUCCCGUCCCACGUUCACGCACAACCGUCCUAACACGGCUUCUGUGCCUUCCAAUUCUCCAAACACCAACCGCCCUCCCAUCCCACUUUUCAACGGUCAACAAAACCACAAAAACAACACGCAAACAUAUAGACGUGUCAUGUCCACUCCCAAUUUCAUGGAAGCUCACGAGGUUGACCUUUUCGGUCUUCCCUCUGCCGACUUCCCUGCUGGCAUGGAUUCAGCUCUUUCGUUCAACGAUCUUGGCAUGGCCAACGACUUCUCUGAAGGUCCUCCUGGCACUAUCUCGCCAAAGGAUCUCAUGAUGGAUGCAUCUGUUCCCCCUCCGGCACUUUCACCGACCUGA